AUGAUAUCCAUCAGAGCCGUAGCUGAACUCGAUCGAGAGCCCUGCGAUCUGAGUGGUUUGGCAGAAUACGAAGAGCAGGCCGUUCGAAACAAGGGCCAGCGUCCAGCCGACGAUAAUGAUCCAGCGCAAUCGAGCGGUGUUAUGGAUGAGGGGCCCAGAGAUCAGACUGCCCACUAUCAUGGCCCCGGUAACCGGGAGCAAAGUCAGUCCGGUCUUUGCGACAGAGAAACCUUGCAUACCCUCGAAAUAGAUGGGUAG